UGGUCGUCGAGUCAGGAACAAUGAUUGAAAGAUUUUCGCCGCGCGGAAACCACGGAAUUUAUGUUUUAUCUCUGCAAACUCAUCAAUCAACUCUGUUCCAAAUAAAAUUCACUCCCAAUCCUUGCCAGAUCGUUCAAGGUUUUUGAAUGAUUUUCCCUCUGUUGACGUUUUUCUGUUAGUUUUGAACAACACAGGGCGAUCCAGUCGGGGAUUCGUAUCUGCCGGAACUACGUACCUCGGACGUUGCUUCACCGCAGAAGAGAAAAAAAAAAAAAAAAAAAAAAAAAAAAAAAAAAAAAAAACAGAAAAGGAAAAAAAAGGAGAAAAAAAGAACACUACCGACAGUUUGGGUCCAACGACGGUCCGCGCUGUCGGAUUUUGGGUUUUUGCUUCUUUCGAAACAGCAGACCACUGAUGAGCACCGCUAAGACCAGUCUGGCAGGGAGUGGUGGCAGCAAACGAUGCGCUAAGGCGGUCAUCGAGGCCUUGUAUUGGACGGAUCUCACGCUACAUCGCUGCCAAGACCAACACAGGUAUAGCCACCGCUGAACCGUGCCUUUUGGGCAAUCUCGUCCUGUGUCGUCGUCGUCGUCCCAGGUGGAAGUAACGCCUGGCUUGAUAGGGGGCGUUUUAUCUGUCCAUCACUGGCCCUUUUCCUUUGCUUGGGGGGUUUUUUUUGGGGUUUUUUUUGCCCCGGAUUUGUCGGGUUUCAAAAAACGCCUUGUGGUUGUGCGUUGCCUGCUUUUGUUUGCCCAAGCAAGGUGGGCUAAUACGUCCCAGCAAUGUAUGGUUCUGCCGCUGUUCUUCACUGCCGGCUCACAGUAUCAUAUCAACAAAGAAACCCGACCCGUUGAUGCCCUAUUCGAUCGACCGCCUCUGUUCUACAAUUAUCACAGCGGCAUCUCCUCGAAAUACGUCCAUCCGACUGCUCCAUUUGGCAUUGGAUCUACACCAAACCCCAACUCUAAUCCCAGCGUUUUACAUACAGUCAUACCGGCAGUAAAUUCAUUGGCUAGCUUCACUUUCGGCUGGCUCGACCUCAACAAAGUAUGACAGCAACACUAGUUCUCACUCGGUAUAAGCCAUUUCAGAGAACGUUGUGACCCUAUUUUUUCUCGCUUUAUACCCCAAAACAAACUUUCCGACACCACUCAUAUGCUACUGCUAUAGAGGCAGUCCUCAUUAUCGUUUUUGUCAUUCCAUACAGCUCUGGAUCUUCCCCACACGAGGAAGCCUCUCGCUCCCCAAAGACACUCAACAACCCAUUCUGCAACAUGGCGGGAUCAUCUUCUUCGGCCAGCAGUGUCGUGGAGGACGUCGACGAGCCCAGAGAAAAUGACGAAGAUGUAACCAUGGCUAUAGAUUACCAAACUGGGCCAUCUAUAACCCAGCUGUCUAUUCCUGACAGCAUCCCACCGCAUCCUCCAGAAAUGCGGAGCAUCAUUAGGAGAAUGAGAAGGCAGGACCUACAGCUUCAAUCUAGCCAUAUCUCGCCGGACUCGCCACCAUCGGAAGGUGAGAUGUCACUAGCGGGAUCUGUUUUGGAUUACAGAGAAAAGUGCCAACAAGGAUAUCAAGGUACCGAAGGCUGUACCUCGGAUGCAUCGUCUUCGAUUCUUUUCCCGAAGUGGAUGGAACAACAGGACGUCCAAUUGGAUUUGGACGCCGGCCAAAUGGGUAGCUCUAGCUCCCAGGCCCGAGGAAUCGUCGAAUAUACGGUCACAUCCGCAAACCUAGCUCCAUCAUGGAUCACAACACCUGCUUCGCCCAGCCCCGGAGGUCCGACUCCGGUUAUAAACGAACCGGGUAUCCUAGUGCCCGACACAUGCGAGCCCGCGACCGACAUUGCGAGCGACGACAAUCUGCUGUCUGAAAAGUUCGACCUCACCGCAGACCUCACUCCUGAAUUGCCAAAUAGUGGACUUCAGGCCAUGAUGAUACACGCAAAAUUACGGGCAUCUUUACCGAGAUUGGCGAGCGGUGUCAACCGAAGGGACCUCGUGCGAUUCCAUCUCUCGGACGAGGUCGCUCAGCACUGCUCGAGUCGAGUCCUGAACCGGGUUUACAAACCUGCGCGGACGCGAGUUCGUGGGAGAGUGCCUGCUCGCAAGCCAGCAACACCACCGUCGGGUCCUAGUGAAAAAGGUUCAUCUGCAAAGCCUACGUCGUCAGCAAAGGACAAAGAGUCUUCUUUUGUCGAAACAGGAGGAGCUGCUGCUCUUGCAUGAUUGUUAGCAUUCACUCUGCAGCGUCCAACAAGUCCGGUGUCGCUAUUUUGUUUCUGUCUUUAUUAUUUCCUCGGUCUAUUGCAUGAUGGCGUGCGUUGAUACCCCCCUCUCUUGUUUUCAUUUUUAUUUUAUUUUGAUCGGCGUUAUGAGGUUAUUUGGCGUUGU